CGACGAUCGGUGGUGACAGUGGUGACAAGCCGACCGCGGCGGUGAGCAACUGGCCCAGGUCGGCAUUCCGGCGGAGACUGCUACUGCUCACGGCGUCGCACGUGAUUGAUCGCCGUGCGAUUCACGCGGGAAAAAAAUCGCGCCACAUCGCUGUCGUCGCGUUCUCGCUCCCUUGUCAACGGAGCGAGAGGGAGAGAGAGAGAAAAGGUGCGAGAGCCCGCCGGGGCAGACGUAUUUACGUUACGGGUAACCUAAAAACCGAUCUCGGCGCAGCGUGAUAUCGGUAGGACGCGCGCGCAUGCGCGUCGCGGCGGCUAGCUCUCGUGCGCGAAUUUCAAGCGAGGCGAGCGGGGUCACGUGUUGCGUACGCGAGACGCGGACAGUGUUGGUGAAGAAGUGCCUCCCGAGGGGAAAAGUGCUACGAUUUUGCCGGGCAGUGAGUGCGAGGCUACGCGUUUCCGCGGAUCGGCCGGGAGUUCGCGACAUCGAGAGCUGGAGAGAGGCUACCACGGAGAUAAUUCGCCCCGAGAGAAAGAGAGAGAGAGAUCGAUGAGAAACUAACGAUCAGAGCCCGUGAAAACGAGGGGGAAGGUGAUUGAGCGAGCGAGCAAACAGCCAUUUCGCUAAGUAGUAACCGCGCACGCGGGCGAAUGCAUGACGGAUCAUGGUUUCCGCGUCCGGUCCCAUAUCCACGGGGAUCCUAGCGGGACGCCCUUCUGGAUCGCAGGGCCCGCGGCAGAGUUGCGGCGCGGAGUGCGAGAAGGACGCGCAGGCGGCGAAGAGCGCCAAGAGCCGGCACGAGUCGGACCUCUACGUCAGGCCCAGCUGGACGGAUGCCGCGAUAGCGUUGGAUCAACUCGAGAAAGGGAAGGCGGAGGGUCAGAGGUCAGCGGUGUGGAUCAGGGCGCGGCUGCAGGAUCAACUGAGUCAGCUGGGUUACUUCCUGCAGAGGCAUGCUGGGAAAGUGCUGUUCGUCGCGAUCCUCGCGCUCGCGACGUUCUGCGUUGCCCUCAAAUCCGCGCAGGUUCAUAGCAAGGUCGAGCAACUGUGGGUGCACGAAGGAGGAAGGUUACAGAAAGAGCUGACCUAUGCCUCGGAAGCUCUCGGUGAAGCCGCCGCAUCGACGCACCAGCUCGUCAUCCAGACACCGAGGCAUUCCGGGGCGAAUAUCUUGCAUCCGACCGCGCUCAGGGAACAUUUGACGGUUCUGAAGGCUGCGACGCAGGUUAAGGUGCACCUGUUUGAGAUCACGUGGAGACUAAAGGAUUUGUGUUACGCGCCGAGCAUACCCAACUUCGACCUGCACUACAUCGACCAGAUUUUCGACAGUAUUAUACCAUGUGCCAUCAUCACGCCCCUCGACUGCUUUUGGGAAGGUAGCCAACUCCUAGGUCCGGAAUAUCCCGUUCAUAUACCUGGGGUGUACAAGAAGCCCGUUCAAUGGACGAACCUGAAUCCUUCCGGCAUGCUGAACGAGAUGAAGAAGUUGCAGUUCGCGUUUCCCUUCAAAACGCUCGAGGACUACAUGAAGAGGGCCGGAAUAACGAACGGCUAUCAGAGCAAGCCGUGUCUGAAUCCUGCGGAUCCGGAAUGCCCAGAAACCGCGCCUAACAAAAAAUCCCAACAGAUACCCGACGUAGGAUCCGAACUGACAGGGGGCUGCUAUGGAUUCGCCGCCAAGUACAUGCAUUGGCCAGAAGAGCUGGUGGUCGGCGGUGCGAAGCACAAUAAAACGGGCCACUUGACCCGGGCGGCCGCUCUGCAGACUGUGGUGCAGUUGAUGGGAGAACGGGAGCUGUACGACUUCCUGGCGAACACCUACAAGGUCCAUCACAUAGACUGGUCGCAAGAGAAGGCCGCCCAGGUGCUGGAGACUUGGCAGAGAGCGUUCAGCAACGAGGUGAAGAAGGUGCUGGAUGCCAACGGAUCGACGCCCUACAAUCUGUACGCUUUCAGCACGACCACGAUGAACGACAUCCUCGGGAAGUACAGCGAGGUGUCCGUCAUGAAGAUCGUCAUCGGAUGCGUGCUCAUGUUGGUAUACGCGGGAGUGGCGCUCCUUCGUUGGAAGGAUCCGGUACGUUCGCAGGCCGGGGUGGCGAUAGCCGGCGUGAUGUUGGUGUGCGCGACGGUGGCCGCCGGGCUGGGCUUCUGCGCGCUCUUGGCAAUCCCGUUCAACGCCGCCACGACGCAGAUAGUGCCGUUUCUCGCGCUCGGCCUGGGCGUGCACGACAUGUUCCUGCUGACGCACACGUACGCCGAGCUGUCGGUGAACGAGGUGCCCAGUGGCGAGCAGACCGGAGUCGUCCUCAAGAGAACCGGCCUGUCGGUGCUGCUGACGGGGCUGAGCAAUGUCUCCGCCUUCUUCGCGGCAGCGUUAAUCCCGAUCCCGGCUCUGCGAGUCUUUUGCCUGCAGGCCGGUAUCCUACUGCUGUUCAAUCUGGCCGCCAUGCUGCUGGUGUUCCCCGCGAUGGUCAGCCUGGAUCUGCGCCGCAGGCGUUCCGGACGAGCGGAUAUUCUCUGCUGCUGCCUGCCGGCGGCGCCCAACUCCGCCAAGAACAGAUACUCCGCGAAGAACAACGGCACGGCCAAGCAAACGGUCACCAGGGCGAUACCGCCUGAGCGACGAGAGACUUGCACGCAGAUCCUGACGUCGCAGAACGCGCAGAAUGAGUCCUGGAUAGGUGGAAGCAUCGACGUGGAGUUGGACAAGCAGUGCACCGAGGAGGACGCGCUGACCGGCUGUUCGCAGGAUGACUGCCUGAGCUUCUCGCUGACGCAGCUCGCGGCGAGGUAUUACGCGCCCUUCAUCAGCAGACCGGCCACCAAGGUGUUCGGCAUGAUGGUCUUGGCGGGCGUGCUGGCCGGCAGCAUGUGGCAAGCGUUGCGCGUGCGCGACGGCCUCGACCUGACCGACCUGGUGCCGCAGAACUCGAACGAGUACGCGUUCCUGGCCGCGCAGGCGAAGCACUUCGGCUUCUACAACAUGUACGCGGUGACCGGCCGGGAUUUCGAGUACCCGAACAACCAGCGGCUGCUGUACGAGUACCACGACGCGUUCAUGCGCAUCAAGAACGUAAUCAAGAACGACAACGGCGGCCUGCCGGAGUUCUGGCUCGGUCUCUUCCGCGACUGGCUCAAGGGUCUGCAGACGGCCUUCGACAAGGACUACAACAGCGGCUGCAUCACGCAGGAGAGGUGGUACCAGAAUGCAAGCGACGAGGCGAUCUUGGCGUACAAGCUGCUCGUGCAGACCGGCUACGUGGACAACCCGAUCGACAAGACGCUGAUCACGCAGGUGCGUUUGGUGGACUCCGACGGCAUCAUCAACCCACGCGCCUUCUACAACUAUCUGAGCGCCUGGGCGUCCAACGACGCGCUCGCCUACGGCGCCUCCCAGGGAAAUCUCAGGCCCGAGCCCCGUCAGUGGAUCUACACCAACGACCAUGAGCUCAAGAUCCCGAAGAGCAUGCCGCUCACGUACGCGCAGAUGCCGUUCUACCUGCACAAGCUCACCGACACGCAGGAAAUCACCGAGCUGAUCUCCAACGUGCGCAACCUCUGCCGGAAGUUCGAGGAACGCGGUCUGCCCAACUUCCCGUCCGGCAUACCUUUCCUCUUCUGGGAGCAGUACAUGGAUCUGAGGAGCUGCCUGGGCUUCGCUCUCCUGGCCGCGCUGGGCACGAGCGUGGUGGUCGUCGGCGUGCUGCUGUUGAAUCUGUGGGCCGCGCUGAUGGUCGGCACUUCUCUGGCGGCCGUUGUUCUCCAGCUCUUGGGCAUCAUGGGCCUGUGCGACGUCAAGCUGAGCGCCGUGCCGGCCGUGCUGCUGGUGGUCAGCGUGGGCAUCGCCGUUCACUUCACGGUGCACAUUUGCCUGAGUUUCGUCACGAGCGUAGGCAGCAGGGACCGUAGGAUGCGUUUAGCUCUGGAGCACAUGUACGCGCCGGUGAUCCACGGCGCGCUCACGACGUUGCUCGCGGUGUCGAUGCUCGCCUUCUCUGAGUUCGACUUCAUAGUCAAUUACUUCUUCCUCGUGCUGCUCUGCCUAAUCGGCGUCGGCCUGGUCAACGGCAUCUUCUUCUUCCCGAUUUUGCUGUCUCUGAUCGGGCCAUCGGCGGAGGUGGUGCCGCACGAGCAUCCGGACCGCAUAUCGACGCCGACGCCGCCGCCGUCGCCGGUCGUGAGGAGGUCCAAGCCGCCUGCGCCGCCCAGGCGAUCGCACAGGAUCGACAAUGCCCGGUUGCACGCCGAGCCGUCGCUCACGACCAUCACCGAGGAGCCCAACUCGUGGCACAGCACACAGGAGUCCUGCAUCAUCGUCCAGCCGGAGGUCAAAGUCGAGACCACGUCGACGUGCGGCAAUCAGAACUGUAGCGGAUCGGACACGAGUGGGUCUAGUCAAACGUCGCCGGUUCCGUCCACGUCGCACAUCACCACUAAGGUCACCGCGACGGCGAACAUUAAGGUCGAGGUUCACACACCGUUGACCAGUGGAGUGGAUCGUAGUGAAAAAUGCCGGCACACGGGCACCAGCAGCCGAAGGAGCUCGCGCUGCAGCGCGAACGUUAGUACUGGGGAGUCUUCCAGCUCCAGUUCUGAACCGGAUACGGACUCUAACCCAAAACACUAACAACAAGUACCGGGGAGACCGGCAGCUACUGCUCAAGUACCACGCAAAGCGGGAACACACAGAAGGCUGACUAGGAUAGGUUCUCCAUUCCCCUUACCUCCUUCCCCUCUUCUCAUCCUCUCGUAACCACCCUGACGACCGCUUCUUCCUCUCGAGCGAAUAACGCAACACAAUAUAGUCUUGCUCGGACCUUAAGAACGAAAAGUAUUAUAGCGACAACGCGCGCAGCUCUCUCUCUCUCUCUCUCACUCACUCUCUCUCUGUCGAUGCGUCGCUUCGCACACUCGAUGAAAGAACUGUCCUCGAAGACGUUUCUCUCUCUCUCUUGUACGUUCACUUCCGUGUACCUCUUCUCAUCGCGACACAUCGCGCUGUCGGGACGACUUUGUCGUUUCGAACUAUUAUAUUCGAAUGCUAUCACGAUGGCGCGACCGACAGAAGCAGAAUAGUUCCGACUGUUCUGACCGCUUCGCGAAACACUUCCCCCGAAUACUUCCACGGCGCAUCGAACGUGCGAUAAAGUUUAAUAAAUCAAUUUAAUAGUCCGUUCUAGGUAAAUUUUAUAUAAAUUUGCGCUCAACACCGCAAUAAGGGUGAUUUUUGCGUUGUACACUGCCGUAAAAAGCGCGCAAGGAUGUCGCGUGGUUCUCAUUCUCAAGGUCUGUCCAGGCAAGCUCGCUCGCAUGUGCAUUAAAAAAUCGAGCAGUCAUGACCCCGUGCAGCAGAAGGAUGUCUUCUGUACCAGACGCACGAUUUACUCGGAUUGGGUCGGACCGAUUUCUUCGUGCGUACGCGUUAUGUGAGAUAUGCAAGUUUGUCUGGACAGGCCUUUACGAUCGUACAAGGCGGGAUCCUCCUCCGUUCGUCUCCGAGACACCGACAUGCCGAUGCGUUCGUCGUCAUAGUAUCUAUAAAACGCUCGCCGGACGAGAAGAAGCGUUCACCGUACACUGUACAUACCUGGCCACGGGUAUUUAACUAGGAAGCUAAGGUUACUGCCACUGUAAGACGCGACGUGUCUCCUAAAUAUAAUCGCGAGGUCCUGAGAAGACGACGGACGACGCUUCGCUGAAGCGAGAAUCGAAGGAACUUUCUCUCUCUCUCUCUCUCUCUCUCGGAUAUCUCACUAUUUAUUUUCUACGUUAAUCAUAAUUGUGUAACGUGCAAGUGUGUAUAUGUCUAUGAGCGGAUACCGAAUCUCCAAGAUCUAUUUAUUAUUUAUUGUAAUAUUCAGCGUGUCGCUGUUGCGCGGCCGUGCGAGGACGGUGGGAGCCGAACAGCGCGGCGUCCACCGGUCGCUCUCUCGCGCACGCGCACGCGACGAUGACGACGACUUGUAAAAAAAUAUUAUUUAUGUCGGAGUAAUAUGCAGAGAGUAUUCUUAUCAUGUACGCGACACGGUACUUAAUUUAACGAAGUAUCUAUUCCUAUUCUCACAUUCAUACCUCUAAUAUGUAUAAAGUUGUAUAAAUUACACGUCGUACCGUGACACUAUACUCUCAUUCACUUUGCGGUUUGCGCACGUGCUUCCUGAGGAAGUCGGGAGCGCGUCAAACGCUCCCGAGAUUGCGAGCCCACCGCUCAUUGGCUCGCACGGUAAUCGGUUUUAUGACAGAGGUUCAAUAACUACAGUCGGCUUCAUGUAUGCUAUAUCCUUCUUCAGACGGUAAUUACACCAUUUUCAACCUCAUACAUAAUCUAAAAAUUUGGAAAUUGUAAUAUAAAUAACCUUGAUUAUAAAUAUAGGGUUAUAGACUCUGAUUAUAUGAUGGUUUUGAUGUCAUAUGUACAUGUGUGAAUCUAAAAAUCGUGUAAUUUUCGAUCUAGAAAAUAGUACAGCAUAUAUGACGCCAACUGUACACACACACAUACAUGUACAGUCGGCGGAUGAAAGGCCGCAACACUUUUAUUUUCGACGAGUAUCGCAACACGUCUCGCGUCCAGUAGGAGAAUGUAUCUCCUGAGGUUUACUAAAAACUUCUACUGAACACGGGAUCCGUUUGCAAAACUCAUAAAAAAAAAGUAUUGUAAUUAAUCUGCCGACUGUGCACAUGGUGUAAAUAUUAUAUAUUAUAUAUUAAUACGGUGGCCUUUUAUUAUACUCUUACCUGAUCAAGAUAAAAGCAUAAUAAAAAAACUUGUGUAUAAAAAUAGUGUGUAAACGAUGUAAAUAUUAUAAACGGUGGCUUUUUAUUACACUUUUACCUGAUAGAUAAAAGCAUAAUAGAAAUACCGGCACAUUUCUGGACUCCUAUUGCGAUUGUGACGGAUGUCACGUGUAUUACCGCUUGUCUACACCUGUCGUAACCGAUUAUCGCGCGAGUGCCUUCAGUAAUGGCUCGCAAUUGUGACCAUUUGACGCGCUAUUGAGUUAAUGGGAAGAAGCGCGUGCAAACCGCGCUGUGCAAACGAGUGUACAAUAAUUGCUGCGCCAAGCACUUGUCGUAAGGUAUGACUCUCAUGAAAUUUAUGUAUAAUAUAGAAAAGAGAUUUUUGUUAUAUAUAUGUAUAUAUAUAUAUGUGUGUGCAUGUGUAUACAAACACAUACAUACAUAUAUAUAUUAAAAGAAUAUCGAGUCAAUUCUGUAUACAUAUGCGACACUAGCUAUUAGUAUUUAAAGCAACGGAAUGCGUGUCCGUGCGAGACGCGACUUUUCACAUUGUAUAAAAUAUAUUUUGUAUAAGUACGGAAGGGAAAAAAAUAGUCAAUAUACCUCUAAUAUACGUAUAAAUUGCACCAUGACUCUAUUACUUUGAACACUUCUCUCUUGUACGUAAUUACUUUUGAUGUAUAUCGAGUGUCGGAGUGAUUUACUUGUACCAUUUAUAAUCCCAUCUUUUGUAAAUAUAGUAACAUUGUACUAAAAAAACGGCUGCUGCGUUUACUACCAUCACGA